UUUUAAACAAAACAAAAAUCACAAAAUAUUGCUUUAUGCUCAAACUAACGGCUGGGAAAUACGGAUACUAACAUUUUCAAUUUGGACAAUUUUGUUUAAUUUUUAAUGCAAUUAAUACCUUUUAUGCAUGCUGCUUUUCUUGGGGGAAAGUCAAAUCGAUAUUGUGCUACCAGUGCUAUGCUCCGAACAACACAGAUUGCUCAGAUAUGUUGAUCCAUGACAGAGACGGUUUGACUGUUGAACCGAAGUCGUGUGAUCACGUAUUCGAGGCAAGAUAUUGUAUCAAAGCAACUGGCAUUAAUGACGGUGGUUUUGGAACUAGAAGGUACUGUUCUUCGGUGGAUCUAGGCAACUAUUGCGAUACUAUAUCGCAGAUUGGUGAUCAGAGAAAGUACAGAUCUUGCAAAUAUACAUGCUCAACAGAUGGUUGCAACUCAUCUGUAAAGACGACUGGCAACAUCGCACUUACAGCAGUGUUGUCUGCGAUUAUUUGGUUCCAAUUGCAUUAAUUAAGAAUAAAUAUGAAUCUCUUCCAAAAAUUUUAGAUCUAAAUUGAACUUUGUGCACAAUAAAUAUUGAUUUCUCAAACAAGGAAAAAUUGUUUAUGAAAUUCUAGCAAGUAUAUAUUGAGAAUCUCAACAUAGCUUUUAGCAACUUGGGAUCACAUUUAUAUUUCCUUAAAGAUAACAUGUAAAAAAUAUAACUUCCAAAAUCUCAAAUUGGAAUCUUUCUACAAGUUGACUAGGGUAAAACACCUUUUUGAAAUGUACAUUUCAAUUAACUACAUAU